AUAAUAAAUGUGAUGAGAACGUCUGCACGCAAACAGGCACAUUGGUGGUGGUUUCUGCUACUUGACUGACUCGAUACGUCAAACUUGGGGGGGAAAUGUCAACUAAGGCUAUGCGGUGUCUGCUCGUGGGGUUUUUCAUCGUGCUCUAUGUUCUACAUGAUAGCUCAGGUAAUGAAGAAGUUGCAUCUUCCCUUACAUCCCCGGAAGUGAUGGAGCUGCCCGAAGAACUCGGCAAAGAGAGAUCACAAUUUGAAGAUGAAAUUCAGCCAUAUUUCAGCCAAUACCAGGACCUUGAGAAAACAUUUAAAAAAGAAGGAAGUGACGAUGCAACAUUUUUCUUGUAUCAACAUUCCCAUGACCUUACGGGAGGUAGCGCCAUCCCACGGUGUGCAUUCAUGAAGUACGCCGGUGAAAACAACUUCAAGAUGGGCACCUCUAAUGGCUGGGCAAGCAUGCACCUCUCACUGAAAAGUUCUCAUGAUUAUGUAACGAAAAAUAUCAUGCAAGUUUCGUACAAGAAGAACGGCAAUAGACGUCGUGGAAAGGAAAAUAUGAAAUUCAAUUACACAGCUCUGUUCACAGAUGGUGUGACGUGCAUCAUUUUAAGAGCGCAGCAUCUCGGUGGAAGUUGUGAAUUAUGGAUGAGAGACAAUGCGGUUCGCAAACUAGAACCAUGUUGUGAAUACAUCUAUGACAAGUGGUGCGACGGAAAAGCUGAAGUCAUCAACAAAUGCCAAGCUCGGGGAACAGAAUGGUUACAAGAUAUCAUGGCUAUCCCGUGGCUGGUGACAGCGAAACUUUCUCGUCCUCCUUCCGCCAAUUCCUUGCCGAUCUCUUCGUCCUCCUGAAGAGAAGGCGCACAAAGCACAAGAUGACCAGCAUUGAAAAAGCUAGAGUUUCAGUUGUGCGUGUCUGGUCGUCAGUAUGAUUCCUCAGACUGAACGUAUUAAAGCCUCACUAAAGA